AUGCAACCUCCUGAUGAGGAUUUACCUGCAAUCCAGGUCUCUUUGGAGGAGUUUGUCUUGGCUGCAGAACAAAUGUUUAAAUCAGACCAACUAGAGACUUUUAUUCGCUUUGUCCUUGCUGGACGACUCCAAAGCCAUGACAAACUUGCUCGUAUUUUUAUAAAUGCCAGACAAGGAGCUCUUGCACCUCAAAUUUCUGAAUAUAAGCUGCACAGAGACAUAGACUCUGUUAUAGGCAUUACACGAGAUUUACCAUUCCAAACACAUAUGGCCAUCUUUCCAUUGGCAUCGUUCCGUGAUAGCCUUACGGAGGACAAUCAUUUAAAAUGCCCUCUAUCUUGUCCCAAGGAUGUCAUAGGUGUUCCACUUCAUAGAAUUCCUAACAUGGCACUGGGAAAAGUUGAUCGCCGGCAUAUCACCCGCAUUUUCUUUCCUGGAUUAUAUCACCAAGGCCAAAAUCCUGCAAUUCCUCCAGAGACAAUGUCACUUAUCUAUGAAAAAUGCCUUCGCCCUGCAGUUGUCAGUCUAAAUGGUGUUGAUCGAAGCCGAUGGCCAAUCACAUAUUCAACUGCGAUGACUUUGUAUCGUGAUCAGAAGGGAAAAUUCCACUUUGGCACAAUUGAUUUCCCAUCUCAUCUUCUGGGCCAGCUAGGACACAAACUUCUGGAAUUGUUCCAGAAACAAGAUGGACUACAGGAUGCAUUUUUUGUUCACGAGCUCAGAGGAACAAAGGGUGCAUCUCAUCAUGAUCCUAGGGAUGCAAGAGCCAGACACGCUGCUUUCAAUGCUGUGUUUAAUCUCUUUGACAUGUCAAUCAUAAAGCCAGAGGACUGGGUGGUUGAUAUUGGGCUAGAAAUCCAACAUGAAGAUCAUAUCUUGCAGUGGCUCACCAAAGGCCAUCGACUUCAAUACCGAGUUAUCAGUGAUGGUGAUUGGAAUGACCUGGUAUUCAAACGCUACUUUCCACCCAAAGGAAUUCCCUCAACCACCAAAUCACUUCAGCACUUUCCAUCUGCCUCAUAUUACCGGCAAUGGCAAUCACUCCUGGAUCAGCUUGAUGAAGAUGAAUCAGAGAUUAUCCAAAAUCAUCAUCUAAUGCCAUGGUUCAACAAACUCUACUGGGUGCCUCACCCUGAAGGUGACCGUAUGUGGUCAACCAAAAAAGGUGGCAAGGAAUGGAUAAUGUUGCCUCCUGGAGGACUGGGAGGUUGCCCACGCAUAGCAGUCAACACGAGAUUUUAUGGCAAAGAUGUGCCACGACUGGUUGGAGGAACUUCUUGA